UAGUGAGCGGUGCAACCGAGAGGCGCCAGUGUGCGGGAGAAAGCGGAGCCACGCACAUCAGCCCAGGUCCCAUCCUGUCAUUUGUUUUUUUUCACCCCCCCCCCCCCACCACCCAAAGACCCCGUACUGGACCAAGCGCUCGCUUUCCACCCCGCGUCAGAGAUGUGCAAGAAAAGGAGAGCCCAGCCGGGGUCCCGGCGAGAAACCGUCGACCAGUCCAGGCGCCAAGAUCAAAGAGAAGCGAUUGUCUCCGGAGUCCCGAGGACGAAGACGGCUUGAGCGGGUGGGCGGAAGGGGUGCGCUUCAGGAGCCGCGGAGAUGUCGGUGCCGCUGCUGAAGAUCGGCGUGGUGCUCAGCACCAUGGCCAUGAUCACCAACUGGAUGUCGCAGACCCUGCCCUCGCUGGUGGGGCUCAACACCACCAAGCUGACGGCGGCGCAGGGGGGCUACCUGGACCGCAGCACCGGAGUGCUGCCGGCAAACCCGGAAGAGUCGUGGCAGGUGUACAGUUCUGGCCAGGAUGGCGAGGGCAGGUGCGUGUGCACCGUGGUGGCGCCCCAGCAGUCCAUGUGCUCCAGGGACGCCCGCACCAAACAACUGAGGCAGCUGCUGGAGAAGGUCCAGAACAUGACCCAGUCCAUCCAGGUGCUGGACCAGCGAACCCAGAGAGAGCUCCAGUAUGUGGAGAAGAUGGAGGUCCAGCUCCGUGGCCUGCAGACCAAGUUCAGGCAGGUGGAGGAAAACCACAUGCAGAACACCGCCAAGCAAUACAAGGCCAUAAAGGCGAAAAUGGAGGAGAUUAGACCGUUGAUACCGGUGUUGGUGGAGUACAAGGCCGAUGCCAAAUUGGUAUUGCAGUUUAAGGAGGAGGUCCAGAAUCUGACGUCGGUUCUAAGCGAACUCCAGGAGGAGAUGGGCGCCUAUGACUACGAGGAGCUCCACAGCCGAGUGUCAAAUCUCGAGGAGAGGCUGCGAGCGUGCAUGCAAAAAUUAGCCUGCGGCAAACUGACGGGCAUCAGUGACCCCAUCACCAUCAAGACGUCGGGGUCCAGGUUCGGGUCCUGGAUGACCGAUCCUCUGGCGCCUGAAGGGGACACACGGGUCUGGUACAUGGACGGCUACCACAACAACCGCUUUGUGCGGGAGUACAAGUCCAUGCAGGACUUCAUGACGUCGGACAACUUCACCUCCCACCGGCUGCCCCACCCGUGGUCCGGAACGGGUCAAGUGGUCUACAACGGCUCCAUCUACUUCAACAAGUUCCAGAGCCACGUCAUCAUCAAGUUUGACUUCCGCACCUCCUCCAUCAGCAAGUCCCGGCAGCUGGACUACGCCGGCUUCAACAACGCCUACCACUACGCCUGGGGCGGCCACUCCGACAUCGACCUGAUGGUGGACGAGGGGGGCCUGUGGGCCGUCUACGCCACCAACCAGAACGCGGGCAACAUCGUGGUCAGCAAGCUGAACCCCAACACGCUGCAGAUCCUCAAGAGCUGGAGCACCAAUCACCCCAAGAGGAGUGCCGGUGAGUCCUUUAUGAUCUGCGGCACGCUCUAUGUCACCAACGGGUACUCCGGCGGUACCAAGGUCUACUACGCCUACUCCACCAACUCCUCCACGUACGAGUACAUAGACAUCGCCUUUCAGAAUAAGUACUCGCACAUUUCCAUGUUGGACUACAACCCGCGGGACCGCGCCCUGUACGCCUGGAACAACGGGCACCAGGUGCUCUACAACGUCACGCUGUUCCACGUCAUCCGCUCCGAGGAACUGUAACCUUCCGGCAUCCAUCGGAUCGAUAUGUCUUCGGCAGAAAAAAAAAAAUAUCCUGCUAAUAAAACCAAGACACGGAAUGUGCACAUACGGGACUUUAUGAAAAAGAUGUCUGAAAAAGAUCUCUGUAUCGAACAGGGGUGUCAAACUCAUUUUCCUAAAAAUCACGGCACGAUAACUUAAAAAUAAAGACAACUCCGGAUUGUUUUCUUUGUUUAAAAAUAGAACGGGCGCAUUCUGAAAAUGUACAGAUUCUAACGUUUUUACAUAGUAUUCCACCUUAAUUUCUCGUUAUUUAUACUUUCUAAAUAAAUUAUGUGUUCAUUUUAAUUCUAUAAAACAUUUUUUUUUUUAAUUGUUAACACUUUAGUACGGGGAACAUAUUCACUAGAGAUGUCCGAUUUCAAAAACCCCAGUAUGUUUUGACUACUACUAAGCAAUUAUAUAAACGCAACACCCAAGCUGGCUAGCUUGUGAAGCCCCCUGCGCACCUGCAGGUGGCGCUACGCGUCCACACCGUCACGUCUAGCGGGAUUACAUAAACAACGCGACGGAACGGCGAUGCUAAAGAACGCACAGUUGCAUGAGGGGCCGUUAGGGACAUUAUUCAGAAUGACCUCUCACACACACUACUGAAAUACUCUCACACACCCUACAGAAAUGCUCUCACACACACUACUGAAGUACUCUCACAGACACUACUGAAAUACUCUCACACACACUACAGAAAUGCUCUCUCACACACACACUACUGAAAUACUCUCACACACCCUACAGAAAUGCUCUCACACACACUACUGAAGUACUCUCACACACACUACAGAAAUGCUCUCACACACACACACUACUGAAAUACUCUCACACACACUACUGAAAUGCUCUCACACACACUACUAAAAUGCUCUCAAACACACUACUGAAAUGCUCUCAAACAAACUACUGAAAUACUCUCACACACACUACUGAAAUGCUCUCAAACACACUACUGAAAUGCUCUCACACACACACUACUAAAAUACUCUCACACACACACACUACUGAAAUACUCUCACACACACUACUGAAAUGCUCUCACACACACACUACUAAAAUGCUCCCACAAACACUACUGAAAUGCUUUCACUCACACUACUGAAAUGCUUUCACACACACUACUGAAAUAUUCUCACACACACUACUGAAAAACUCUCACACACACUACUGAAAUGCUCUCACACACACUACUGAAAUGCUCUCACACACAUGACUGAAAUGCUCUCACACACAUUACUGAAAUGCUCUCACACACACUACUGAAAUGCUCUCACACACACUACUGAAAUACUCUCACACACACUACUGAAAUGUUCUCACACACACUUCUGAAAUGCUCUCACACACUACUGAAAUACUCUCACUCACACUACUGAAAUGCUUUCACACACACACGACUAAAAUGCUCUCACACACAUUACCGAAAUGCUCUCACACACAUUACUGAAAUGCUCUCACACACUACUGAAAUACUCACACACACUACUGAAAUGCUCUUACACACACUACUGAAAUGCACUCACACACACACACACACACUACUGACACACUCUCACUCACACUACUGAAAUGCUCUCACACACUACUGAAAUGCUCUCACACACACUACUGAAAUUCUUUCACACACACUACUGAAAUGCUCUCACACACACUACUGAAAUCGGACCGCCGAUAUUAUUGGCCGAUAAAUGCUUUUAAAAUUUGACAUCGGAAAUUAUCGGUAUUGGUUUCAUAAAGUAAAAUGUAUGACUUUUUAAAACGCCCGCUGCACUGAGUGGUACGCAGACGUAGGGAAGGGUAUGGCGCGCCAGUAAACCUUAAAGGCACAUAAUAAUCACAUAAUAUCUACGGCUUUUCACACACACACACACACACACACACACACGCACGCACACACACACACACACACGCACACACGAGUGAAUGCAACGCAUACUUGGUCAACUGCCACACAGGUCACACUGAGGGCGGCCGUAUAAACAACGUUAACACUGUUACAAAUAUGCGCCGCACUGUGAACGCACACCAAACAAGAAAUAACAAAACGAAUUUCAGGAGAACAUAACACAACGGAACAAAUACCUGGAAUCCCUUGCAGCACUAACUGAUAUAAUAGGCAUAAUAAUGUGUUAAUUCCACGAUUGUAUAUACCGGUAUCGUUUAAAUCGGUAAUUAGGAGUUGGACAAUAUCAGAUUUGGUCAAAAAAGCCAUUACCUGACAUCUUUGACAUUCACCAUUAAUUAGUGGCUUACUAACAUGCAAAUUAGUCACAUAUUGCCUCUUAAUUAGUCAUUAUUAAGUACUUAUUUAUGCCUUAUUCUGCACAGCCUUAUUAUAGAACAACCCUAACCCUCUAACUCUAACCUUAACCAUGAAACGAUUUACGUGGACCCAGACUUAAACAAGUUGAAAAACUUAUUGGGGUGUUACCAUUUAGUGGUCAAUUGUAUGGAAUAUGUACUGUUCUGUGCAAUCUACUAAUAAAAGGUUCAAUCAAUCAAUCAAAUACCUAACCAAAUAACUCUUAAUUAAGUCUUUGUUACUUAAAAUACAUUCCCUUAGUGUCGAAAUAACUCUUAAUUAAGUCUUUGUUACUUACAAUAUGUUCCCCUUGUGUCCAAAUAACAUUUAAGUCUUUGCUACUUACAAUAUGUUCUCCUUAUGUCCAAAUAACUCUUAAUUAAGUCUUUGUUACUCACACAAUGUUCCCCUAGUGUCAAAAUAACUCUUAAUUAAGUCUUUGUUACUUACAAUAUGUUCCCCUAGUGUCCAAAUAACUCUUAAUUAAGUCUUUUUUACUUACAAUAUGUUCCCCUUGUGUCCAAAUAACUAUUAAUUAAGUUUUGGUUACUUACAAUAUGUUCGCCUAUUGUCCAAAUAACUCUUAAUUAAGUCUUUGUUACUCACACAAUGUUCCCCGAGUGUCAAAGUAACUCUUAAUUAAGUCUUUCUUACUUACAACAUGUUCCCCUUGUGUCCAAAUAACUAUUAAUUAAGUUCUGGUUACUUACAAUAUGUUCGCCUAUUGUCCAAAUAACUCUUAAUUAAGUCUUUGUUACUCACGCAAUGUUCCCCUAGUGUCCAAAUAACUCUUAAUUAAGUCUUUGUUACUCACACAGUGUUCUCCUAGUGUCCAAAUAACUCUUAAUUAAGUCUUUGUUAAUCACACAAUGUUCUCCUAGUGUCCAAAUAACUCUUAAUUAAGUAUGUGUUACUCACACAAUGUUCCCCUAGUGUCCAAAUAACUCUUAAGUAUUUCUUACUUACAAUAUGUUCCUCUAUUGUCCAAAUAACUCUUAAUUAAUCUAAAUUAAGUCUUUGUUACUUACAAUAUGUUCCCCCAGUGUCCAAAUAACUCUUAAUGAAGUCUUUGUUACUCACACAAUGUUCCCCUAGUGUCCAAAUAACUCUUAAUUAAUCUAAAUUAAGUUUGUGUUACUUAGAAUAUGUUCCCCUAGUGUCCAAAUAACUCUUAAUUAAGUAUUUUUACUUACAAUAUGUUCCCCUUGUGUCCAAAUAACUAUUAAUUACUUACAAUAUGUUCGCAUCGUGUCCAAAUAACACUUAAUUAAGUCUUUGUUACUUACAAUAUGUUCCCCCAGUGUCCAAAUAACAGUUAAUUAAUCUAAAUUAAGUCUUUGUUACUUACAAUAUGUUCCCCUCGUGUCCAAAUAACUCUUCAUUAAGUCUUUGUUACUUACAAUAUGUUCCCCUAGUGUCCAAAUAACAGUUAAUUAAUCUAAAUUAAGUCUUUGUUACUUACAAUAUGUUCCCCUCGUGUCCAAAUAACUCUUAAUUAAGUCUUUGUUACUUACAAUAUGUUCCCCUCGUGUCCAAAUAACUCUUAAUUAAGUCUUUGUUACUUACACAAUGUUCCCCUAGUGUCCAAAUAACUCCUAAUUAAUCUAAAUUAAGUCUUUGUUACUUAAAAUAUGUUCCCCUAGUGUCCAACUAACUCUUAAGUCUUUGUUACUUACAAUAUGUUCUCCUAGUGUCCAAAUAACUCUUAAUUAAGUCUUUUUUUACUUACAAUAUGUUCCCCUUGUGUCCAAAUAACUAUUAAUUAAGUCUUUCUUACUUAAAAUAUGUUCCCCUCGUGUCCAAAUAACAGUUAAUUAAUCUGAAUUAAGUCUCUGUUACUUACAAUAUGUUCCCCUUUUGUCCAAAUAACUCUUAAUUAAGUCUUUGUUACUUACAAUAUGUUCUCCUAGUGUCCAAAUAACUCUUAAGUCUUUGUUACUCACACAAUGUUCUCCUAGUGUCCAAAUAACUCUUAAGUCUUUUUUUACUUACAAUAUGUUCCCCUUGUGUCCAAAUAACUAUUAAUUAAGUCUUUCUUACUUAAAAUAUGUUCCCCUCGUGUCCAAAUAACAGUUAAUUAAUCUGAAUUAAGUCUCUGUUACUUACAAUAUGUUCCCCUUGUGUCCAAAUAACUCUUAAUUAAGUCUUUGUUACUUACAAUAUGUUCUCCUAGUGUCCAAAUAACUCUUAAGUCUUUGUUACUCACACAAUGUUCCCUUAGUGUCCAAAUAACUCUUAAGUCUUUGUUACUCACACAAUGUUCCCCUAGUGUCCAAAUAACUCUUAAUUAAGUCUUUGUUACUUACAAUAUGUUCCCCUCGUGUCCAAAUAACAGUUAAUUAAUCUAAAUUGUCUUUGUUACUGACAAUAUGUUCCCCUCGUGUCCAAAUAACUCUUAAGUCUUUCUUACUUACAAUAUGUUCCCCUCGUGUCCAAAUAACAGUUAAUUAAUCUAAAUUAAGUCUUUGUUACUUACAAUAUGUUCCCCUUGUGUCCAAAUAACUCUUAAUUAAGUAUUUGUUACUCACACAAUGUUCCCCUAGUGUCCAAAUAACUCUUAAUUAAGUCUUUGUUACUCACACAAUGUUCCCCUAGUGUCCAAAUAACUCCUAAUUAAUCAAAAUUAAGUCUUUGUUACUCACACAAUGUUCCCCUAGUGUCCAAAUAACUCUUAAUUAAGUCUUUGUUACUUACACAAUGUUCCCCUAGUGUCCAAAUAACUCCUAAUUAAUCUAAAUUAAGUCUUUGUUACUUACAAUAUGUUCGCCUAUUAUCCAAAUAACUCUUAAUUAAUCUAAAUUAAGUCUUUGUUACUAAGAAUAUGUUCCCCUAGUGUCCAACUAACUCUUAAGUCUUUGUUACUUACAAUAUGUUCUCCUAGUGUCCAAAUAACUCUUAAUUAAGUCUUUUUUACUUACAAUAUGUUCCCUUUGUGUCCAAAAAACAGUUAACUAAUCUAAAUUGUCUUUGUUACUUACAAUAUGUUCCCCUCGUGUCCAAAUAACGCUUCAGUAAGUCUUUGUUACUUACAAUAUGUUCCCCUAAUGUCCAAAUAACUCUUAAUUAAGUCUUUCUUACUUACAAUAGUUUCCCCUCGUGUACAAAUAACAGUUAAUUAAUCUAAAUUAAGUCUUUGUUCCUUACAAUAUGUUCCCCUCGUGUCCAAAUAACUCUUCAUUAAGUCUUUGUUACUUACAAUAUGUUCCCCAAAUGUCCAAAUAACUCUUAAUUAAGUCUUUGUUACUUACAAUAUGUUCCCCUCGUGUCCAAAUAACAGUUAAUUAAUCUAAAUUAAGUCUUUGUUACUUACAAUAUGUUCCCCUAUUGUCCAAAUAACUCUUAAUUAAUCUAAAUUAAGUCUUUGUUACUUACAAUAUGUUCCCCUCGUGUCCAAAUAACUCUUAUAAUUAGGUCUUUCUUACUUAGAAUAUGUUCCCCAUACUAAAGUAUUACCAAAAAAGUAUAUCAAAAUCAAAUUAUAAGAUGUUAUUUAUGUGCUUUGGUCAUUUUCCUCGACUUGUGCACUAACAUAAUGUGGCUUAUUAUUAUUAUUAUAAUAAUUUUUUUAUUUAUUUUUUUUUACAAAUAAUUGCUAUUGUCACAUCUAGUGGACGCAUUUAGAACAGCAGUUUCUUUCAUUGAAAAAACGUCGCCUCAUUUUUAUACCUCGAAAACUCACCCCGCCGGCCGUUUGACACCCCUGGUAUAGAACGUCAUUAUAUGAGACUGUGGGAUUUAAAGAAAAAAAGCAAUUUUUGUACAUUUAACAAAAAAAUAAAAUAAAAAAACUCUUAAUAUGAAUACUAGUUACCUAAUAGUCGACGUUUCUUUUGAUAGCUCAUUUUGUCGGAAUGAAACACUUUGAUUGUUUACCGCAUAGAAAAUGAUUGUACAAGUAGGCUAAAUAUAUAUAUAUAUAUAUAUAUAUAUAUAUAUAUAUAUAUAUAUAUAUAUAUAUAUAUAUAUAUAUA